UCCUUCUAUUUUUGUGUAAGAAGACAGGAAGUGUAGAGGCUUUAACACAAACCACUGAUCUGUCAGUUAUUUAUCAGUCUGACAGAAUGGAGCUGUGGACACUCCGUAUGAUGAUCUUGCUUAUUUCAUUUUUCCACGUUGGACAAGCUCAAGCAGAGAAUAAACCAGUUCUGACUGUGCAGCCAAACACACCACAUAUAUUCAGAGGAGAGAAUGUUACACUCUCAUGUAUAAUUUCGGGAGGUAGUGGACCAUAUAGCUGGUACAAAGAUGGUGUUCAUGUUCACAAAUCUAAUGAAAUGAACUACACUAUAAAAGUAGAUCAGAGUAACAGAUACAGUUGUUAUGGGUUUAAGAAUGGACAGACAACAGCAAUGAGUGAUGAAGUGACUCUCUCAGUGAUAGAAAGACCAAAAGCUGUUGUGAUCCUGCAGACUGUUGGAGAGAUAUUCAGUGGACAGAAAGUCACUUUAACAUGUGAAAUACAAGGACAUGCAGACACUGUAGAUGUGGAGUGGAUGUACAACUGGUAUAGAAAUGGUGUCCUAUUUUCUGCCCCUGUUGAGUACAAGUAUUAUUCAUUCCCUGCUUUCAGCGGUAAAUUCUCCUGCAGUGGACAGACAAAAAGUGACUCACAAACUUCAGAGACCAGCCCUGCUGUUACACUCACUGUGUCAGAUAAACCUAAACCUGAACUCACAUCAGACCUUAAAGGAGCUGCACUGACAGGAAACUUAGUAACUCUGUCCUGUACACUGACACCACAGUCUGCUGGAUGGAAGUUUUACUGGAUCAAACCCACACAGAGCUCUGAGACUGAGACUGAAACACACCAGUACUUCAUCAGUCCUGUUAGAGUCUCUGAUGGAGGUCAGUACAGAUGUAGAGCUGGAAGAGGAAACCCAGUCUACUACACAGACUACAGUGAUGUACUCUGGGUAAAUGUUACUGAGAGUCCUAAAGCUGUGGUGACCAUAAAGCCUGACAAACAUGUGUUCAGAAGAGAGACUGUGACUCUCAGGUGUGAAAUACAGGGAGGAGGAGACACUGAGUGGACAUACAGCUGGUAUAAAGAUGACCAAAUCUACCAAGACCACAUAACUCACGAGCUCAGCCUCAGAUCAGUUAGAAAUGAAAACAGUGGUAAAUACACCUGUAGUGGGAGGAGACGCAGUGACUAUCAGAGCUCAGACAUCAGUGAUGCUGUUACUCUCACUGUAUCAGAUGUAGCAGAGACAGUAAUGACUGUGUCUCCACUGAUCUGGCUGACUGAAGGAGAUUCAGUGACUCUAAGCUGUGAUGUUAAACACUCCUCUACAGGCUGGACAUUCAGCUGGUACAAAGAUGUUCUCUACACAGACAGACACGGUUCCCUCAGCUCCAGAACAUCGCUCCUCUCAGACAGCAGCAGAGGAUCUGGAGGCUCCUACACUCUCAGUCCUGUUACUCUGAAUCACACAGGACUUUAUAUGUGCAGAGCUGAGAGAGGAUUCUUUCACACACAGAACAGCAAAACACAGACACUGUGGAUCACUGGUGAAUCUCCUCCAGUGUCUCUGAUCAUCAGACCGAACAGAACUCAACACUUUACUCCUGACUCUCUCUCACUGAGCUGUGAGGACCAGAGUGACUCUACUGGAUGGACAGUGAGAGGAUACAGUUACACUGAGACAUUUGUUGAUUGUUCAUCAGUAUCAGGAUCUACAUGUAACAUCAGCUACCUCUAUACAUCACACACUGGUGUUUAUUGGUGUCAGUCUGUAUCUGGAGGAGGCAGUAAUCCUGUAAACAUCACAGUGCACUAUGGUGAUGUGAUCCUGGACAGUCCUGUACAUCCUGUGACUGAGGGACAUGAUCUGACUUUACGCUGUUUAUUUCGCAACAAAAAGAUCCCAGGUUCUGGUGUUGAUUUCUAUAAAGAUGAUUCCAUCCUUCACUCCCAGACUACAGGAGAGAUGACCAUCAGUAGUGUCUCAAAGUCUGAUGAAGGUUUCUACCACUGUAAACACCAGGAGAGAGGAGAGUCACUGAAAAGCUGGGUUUCAGUCAGGUUGCAAAAUCCUGGACCCAACAUUGUACCAGUAGCUGUAGCUGUGGGACUGACUUUGGCCUUGUUGUUUAUCAUCCUUGUACUGAUCCUGCUGUGGAAGCACAAAUCCAACAAAGGAAAGGACAGAGGCGUACAGCAGAACAGCAAUCAGACACCAGUCCUGAGUCCGUCAGGAGCUGAGAAUUCUCUGUCAGGAAACCCACCACUUCAGACCGGAGGUGACAACAUUUAUGCCACCGUAGACAAUGCAGAUCAUGAUGCUGGACCCAGUGAUGUAACUUACGCUGAGCUUGAACUGAAGACACAGAAAAAAGCAAAGAAAAAACAAGUGAAAGCCAAUGUCGAACCUGACACUCUUUACUCAGAGCUGAAGCAGGACACAUAGGUGCUGGAAAUGUGUGUAAAAAGUGAAGAGAUGAGAGGGAGAGUUCAUCUUGUUCAUCAUGUGUGCAUUCACAAUAAUAUCAGUGAGAUUUUUUUAUACAGCUAAUCCCUGAGUUAUAAAGGAGACUCAAUCAUAAAUAGAAAAUAUCGCAAGUUGAACCAUGACCUAACAUUUGUUCAACUUAAAGAAGUUCUAAAGAGUGGUGAUCAGUAUGGGUGUAGUAUACUGUAAAUUGGUAAUAAUUUAACACAUUACAGUACAUUUGGCUAAUGCAAUCUAAUACAAAGCUUGUUCUGUAAAUAAUCCUAUGUGCUAUAAAAACCUUUAACAAUGGUGGUAACCCACUGAACUAUCAUAUCAUAUUGGGGCAGUGGUGGCUCAAAUGGUUAAGGCUCUUGCUUGUUGAUCGGAGAGUCGGGGUUCAAGGCCAAGCACAGCUAAGCUGCCACUGCUGGGCUCUUGAGCAAGGCCCUCAACCCUCCCUGCUCCAGGGGUGCUAUGUAGCAUAUCUGCCCCUGCACUCUGACCCGAACUUCUUCAGUUGGUGUAUGUGAAGAAAAGAAUUCCACUGUGCUGUAAUGUAUAUGUGGCGAUAGUAAAGGCUUCUAUGCCCCAUGCCCUAUAUCAAAUUGUAGUCAUUUUGACUGAUGUCUGCAUACUUGAACAACUUUAGGUGGUUGAUGGCCACGUUAACUUAGUUGCCUGAAGAUUGAACUUAUUUGGUUUAAGUAAGAAAAUUGGAAAGAAUUAUAUUUUAGCAAUCAUGUAUUUACGCAAUCCAAACUAUUUCCACACAACAAAAACAAGUGCAAAAAAAUACAGAUUGUGACAAUAUCAGUAUUUGUAAAAAAUAUCCAUCAAGUUAUUUUUGUAAAUACUAUAUGCAUAUCGGUCCGUUCAGUGGCUGUUUUAUUAUUAUUAUUAUAUAUUUUUUUUCUUGCAACCUAGACAUCAUUAAAACUGCUCUUGGAUGUUUUUCUCAAAUAAACCUUGAUAAAAACUA